AUGGUUGGCCAAGAAAGGCUAUACCUAAAAAGGACUAAAGGUGUGCAGAUAGCAAAAAAUGACGCUAAGGGGUGUGCCAAUAGUCAUUCUCCAAAAGCAGUAGACUCUCUCUCUAAUCAAUCUAAACCUAAUAUUGCAAAAACUGCGCGAGAAUUCGCGGUUUCCGAGAGCCGGCUACGACGACGAUGGAAAGGUGGAAAAUCGCUUUUUCAACGACAACCCAAUGGCCGGAAGCUUACUCCUAGAUAG